GCAGCUCAUUCUCCUCACUCACAUCCACUCUUCCUCUCUCCAGCUUCUUGGGAAUAAGGUGCACCUGCAGCCCCAAGCCAUGUCCUGCUACACCCGCUGCCAGCCCUGCCAGCCCUGUGGCCCCACCCCGCUGGGCAGCAGCUGCAAUGAGCCCUGUGUCAGGCAGUGCCAGGACUCCACUGUCAUCAUCGAGCCCUCGCCCGUGGUGGUGACCCUGCCUGGGCCCAUCCUCAGCUCCUUCCCACAGAACACCGCCGUGGGAUCCUCCACCUCUGCUGCUGUUGGCAGCAUCCUCAGCUCUCAGGGAGUGCCCAUCAGCUCUGGGGGCUUUGGCCUCUCUGGCCUGGGCAGUGCCCUCUGUGGCACGAGGAGCUUCCCCUGCUGAAGCUGCUGGCACUGCCCUGGGGAGGAACCCAGGCACUGCCAGGAUGGAACCGCCCUGGGCACGCAGCAUCGGCUUGGUGCUUCCUGAGGGGCUGAGCAACCCCAGCAGCCCUUGCAGAGGGACAGGGCCAGCCUGGGCUCUUGGCAAGCACAGCCCAUCCCUGCCUCUGUCCCCUGCCACUCUCUCCUUUCCCUCCUGUCUCCUUGUUCCCCUGAGCUCCCCUGCAGCUGUGAGUCCCACUCGGCCAUCCUGGGGAGCACCUGCUGGCUCCACCCCUUUUUGGGCACCUGCUUGGAAAUGACACCUUGGAAAACAACAGACUGUUGUUCGCCCCUGGUGCUCUCUGCACUGGCACCUCACCUUGGAUUGACCUAUUUUUCCUGGUUUGACUCAUUAAAGUUCUUUUGCAUCGCA